GCGUCGAGACAAUGGUUGAUCACGUUGACAAAUUGAACUGGACAUUCCUGGACCAUGAGUUCUAUUCGUAUCUGAAGAACAUGAGCUGCUUGACGGUGAUGAAGCUGCCGUACAAUCGGCGUUGCAUGAUGGCCAGGCAAGUGCUGGACUGUCAGACGAUCAUCAAUCUGUUCAACUACUUCAAGAUGAUGUACUGCGCCUUCCACAUAUCCGACAAGUUUACGGAGAUUUCGAUCAUGGUGCUCUUCUGCCUGCUGGUGAUUGCCUUUCUGCUGCUCAUGACUCUCACCAUUGACGUGUUCUUCGCUCCCGCCAUGAAGAUCAUUUCGAUGAAGCUGCACAUGAACGAGUACCUGGCGGGCGUUACGCUUCUGGCAUUUGGCAAUACUUGUCCCGACUUGAUAGCCAACCUAAUGCCCAUACGAGCCGACGCACCCAUAUUCACGAUAACCGUGGGAAAUUCUCUAGUAAUCAUGCUCCUAAGUGGCGGCAUGGUCUGCUUUCUGAAGCCCUUCAAGAUGAACGGUCCCAGCACCAUCCGCGAUCUUCUGUUCCUGCUGCUCAGCCUGGUGAUGCUCCGCUCGAUAAUAUUCAGUGAGGGCAACGUGUCCGUAAAGGAGUCUGUUGUUUUGGUUUGCAUUUAUCUCACCUAUCUGAUUAUCAAUAUACUGGAUCUCCUGCUGCUGCGCUACACCAUAAAAAAGCUUCGAAGGGACAUUUAUGAAUUGAGAGCUUCCCCUGAUAGCCAACGAGAAAUGGCUGAGAAGAAGCGUUUGCUGCAGGAACUGGAACGGGAUGACGAGUUGAAUAUCAACGACACCAAACAACUCGUUCGAGCUCAGUCUGAAACACUCGAGAAGGGCUACUUCUUCAGCACACCAAAGAAGCGGAUUCGUCCCGAAGUCGUGAACCACAUAGAGACCCGAACAAUCCUCCACGAUGAGCGGAACCCGAAGAACCUUUUCCUCAUUACGGAAUUCUUUCAGUCCCUGAAUCCCAUUGACAGGGAGGAAUGGGUGCUGGCUGGCUGGUGUCAGCGCUUUAUCCAGAUCGCACGAAGUCCACUCUAUUUUAUUCUCAUUCUAUUUGUGCCCGUUGUGGACUACGAGAAGGACAAGCACGGCUGGAGCAAGCUGCUCAACUGUACGCAAAUCAUCACAAAUCCCUUCAUCAUGAUCACCCUGGUGCAUUCUUCGGCCAGCAGUUUGUACUACGCCUGGUACAUAAUACCUGAUUUGAGCAUCUCAAAGUGGUCCCCCUUCGUGACAGUGCCUCUGGCCACAUUUGUCCUCUUUCACAGUCGCACAGAUGUGCCGCCCUUCUAUCAUAUCAUGUUCAUCGCAUUCAGUUUCACCAGCUCCAUCGUUAUCAUCUGGGUGUGUGCCAGCGAAAUGGAGGUGCUGACUUCCAUUGUGGGCAUUGUCUUUAAUCUAUCGGGCAACUUCAUGGCCAUCACCUUUGGCUCGGUGGCCAAUGCGAUGGCGGACAUUAUAGCGAACUCCAACCUGGCCCUUCAGGGCUACGAGAAAAUGGCCUUUGCCGCCAUUAUAGGUGGUCCAGUCUUCUCCAUUGUUGUUACCAUGGGCACUUCGUUUAUCUUCAAUGAAAAAGUUCGCACGUCUGGUGCUGCCUUCUGGCUGUAUGGCGAGCACGGUGAUAACUGCUACAUAUUCCUCAUGAUCACCAUCCUUGCCACAUUGUGGUGGUGCAUGACCUUCAAUUUCUACGCCCGCCGCUCCGCUGGCAUCUUCAUGUGGCUCAUGUUUCUGAUAUUCAUCAUCUAUUGCAUCGGUGUGGAGUGGGACGUUGUGCACGAGUUCUCCAAGGACCAGUACUUCAAUCCAAAGUAGAGAUGUGCCACGAGUACGAGU